GGAUGGUCCAAGUGAGCAAAUGAAUAAGGAUAAUGACAAUGCUGAGGAUGUUAAUGAGGAUGAAGAGGAAUCUGAAAAGGAAGAAUGUGAAGAAGAAAGAGACAGAAGGUUUAGAAAGGGUAAGCAAGUUGAACAAUAUCACAUUGAACCAAAAGAGAACAAAGUGGAAAGAGAAAAAAGAGAAACAGCCCCAGCACCUGCUGUGAAGUCCCCAUUCAUGAACAGAAGUAUAGAUGCAAGGACAACACUUGGCAGUGAGGAAAGACUACUUGCAGGUUUUGUGUUCAAUGAUCAUUGUGACAAGAAUGUUGUGGUGUUCAAGCAUUACAACUUCACUCUUUCAAAAGCUCAGAUGGAAACAAUGAAGAGCAACACAAAAGUUGAUGCUGGAAUUAUAGAUAUAUGGGCAAUGUUGCUUAAUCAUAAUGAAAAGUUCAAAAGCCCUGAAGCUAAAAGCAGAAUGAUUUUCUCAACAAGACCAUGUCAUGUGCUAGAUCAAAAUCAUCUCACCGCUCCACAAACAAGGAACAAAAGGUUUGCGGCAGAAAUUGGCAAAGAAUUUCCCUGUGCAGAUGGAAAUAAGUUGAGGUCAACAGACCUAUUCAUAUUCCCAGAUGAAUACAAUGGGUGCUACUAUAUGAUGUGCUUUGACUUGAAGAGCAUGAAGUUCUACAUCAUUGAUAGUAGCGACGGAGAUAUAGCUCCUGCAGUCAAGUACUUGUUUCAAAUGUCAUACCUGAGAAGUGGAUUUGUGAAAUUUCUUCGAGAUCAAAAACACCCAAAGGCAGAUAAGGUUGUGAAGCUGAAGGAAGAAGUGGUUAAAAUGCAUUGGAGAAACAAGAAAAACAAAACCAAUGAGGGAGUUUAUUUGAUGAGGCACAUGGAGACAUUUUAUGGUGACACAGCAUGGGAGUGUGGAUUAGAUAAACAAAGUGUAAGUCCAAAGUU